AUGGCGUCUGAGGUGGAUAUAACAUGUAAUGCGAACGAAGCAACUGACCCAGACAGAAAAACACUCCUUGAUAGAUCCAUUGGGUGGCGAAGAAGGGUAAAUAGGCCGCUCCACGAGAGCAACCGUCGCAGGUCUCCGGUGGGCAGUACUCCGAGCAGACGUCCGAAAGCCACCUCCACCCCUCAACUUUUAGAAGGAUCCAGCUCAGAUAACAAGAACUGGGCUGAAAAUAUUAACCAGUCAAAAUGUCACCCUACUGGUAUAGAAGUCAAAACUUCCGGAACACGCAGGCAAUUAUCAGAAAUUAUGAAAAAUAAACUAGAACCUUCAAAAAUAGUAAAAUAUGAUUUUAAAAAACACCGUAAACUAAUAGAAGCUGAAUUAUUAGCUGCUUUGGAAGAAUCGGAAAACGAGAUAAACCCCUUCGAAAAUAGUAACGAUGAUCCAGAUUAUUUGAGCGAAAGCGAAAUUAUGAAAAAUAAACCAGAACCUUCAAAAAUAGUAAAAUAUGAUUUUAAAAAACACCGUAAACUAAUAGAAGCUGAAUUAUUAGCUGCUUUGGAAGAAUCGGAAAACGAGAUAAACCCCUUCGAAAAUAGUAGCGAUGAUCCAGAUUAUUUGAGCGAAAGCGCUUCAGGCCGCGAAUCCGAGAGCGUCAUCCAAAAAUUCCGCAAAACGUUUUCGCUGCACUUCCAUCACCAGCGAAAAUCCAAAUCUGCCGGCGAAAAAGAAGACGAUCCGGUCGUUUCGCCGCCUCCAUCCGUAGCCGAUCUGCCGAUGUGCGAUGCGCCCGAAGAGGAGUCAAUGCCCCCUCACGUGCCGCCUCCAUCGGCCACGUGUCCGAUCGAUGCACCGCCGUCUGCUGCGUCCCCCACGCCACCUAGGAUUCCCACACUAGAGGACGACGUCGCCGACGGCUCUAGCGGAGAGCAACAAGGCCCAGCCGCCUCCAAUACCGAACAUAAAUACAAGUUCGGAGGACUCGUUUGGCGAAACAGCAAAGAAAAGAAAAAACUAACGAAAGCAGCCAGAAACGCAAAAUGUAACAGCGGAGACAGCGGCAUCCAGAUAGAGGUGAUUAUUUUUAUUUAA